CAUUCCUUUGGAGCUCAAGACUCUUAAGAUGCAUGGGAGUUUGGCCAUUGAAGAACUACUUUCCAAUAUUUCUCUUCUUCUUCACAUAUCUUUCUAUUCAUUGUUCUUUAACAUUAGCACAAUUGUUUUCGGCUCCAAAAACUAUGGAAAAUGUGAUAUCGAACGUAGCGGAAAAUAUUCUUUUAACGAUGACACUAACAAAAAUAACAAUUACAAGAAUAAAUAGAGAAGCAUUACGUAAAUUAUUUUUGGAAAUUAAAGAGUAUGCACUCACCGAAAAAUAUGAAACUGCAGAGGAGAAAUUGACAUUUUUGAAUUAUACUAAAUUACCCCCAUUUUUUAUUGCUAUGAUUGGCUGUUCAAUGUCGCUGGAAGAAGUCUUGUAUUAUUCGAGUCGACUUAUGGAAGGAAUUGAAAGUGGAAAGCAAAACAAUUCCAUGGGUUAUCAGUUGCCUUACAGGACAUUAGAAAUCGUCGAUUUAAGUGACACCAGGAUUUAUGCAUUAAAUUGUGCUUAUCAAGUAAUGUACGUACCUUGUGUCGUAUUAGGUUACGUAGGAUUUGAUUGUAUGUUUGUGAAUUUGUCCAUUCAAGUAAUUGCACAGUUCGCUACAUUGUCAUACAAGGUGAAGACAUUAUUAAAUAAUUCUGCAAAUUACCAUGAGGGUAUGAAGAAACUUAUACUACGACAUUACCGAUUGAUAAGAUUGACGGAAGAAUUGGAAAAUAACUUUAAUUUUCCGAUUAUGCAACAACUGAUGGGUUCCAGCAUGCAUAUCUGUAUUUCCGGUUAUUACGUACUAAUGGGCUCAGAAACACAGGAUAUUGUAACAUCGUUCUUAUUCGUUGUGUACGUCUCUUCCGUGAUAAGCACGCUUUUUAUUUAUUGUUUUAUCGGAGAAUGUUUUAUUCAGGAAGUAAAUAAAUCGUCAAUUUUUGUACAAUUAAAAUAUCAAUUAUCUUAUUACUAGUCAUUCGUUUUAUUCAAUCAGAGUACAAAUUUUGGUAAUGCCAUUUAUAAUUACGACUGGUAUGACUUACCAG